UGACGGCCGACGUGUAAACUAUACACUGCAUGUUGUCGAAAUGACUGUCAACAGCGCCAUGGUGAAGGUGGCCGAAUGGAGUGAUGACGGUGGCCUUCAACCGCUCUCCGCCAAGUAUGUGCGGCUGCGGCCACAUGUCGAAAUCGAGAAGAAUCGCACGUACGUCGUAACGACGUUGCUCGAAGAGCCGUACAUCAUGUUGAAGCGUCCCAGUAUUGGUGAACAAUUGGACGGCAAUGACCGCUUCGAGGGCUACUGCAAGGAUUUAGCCGAUUUAUUGGCCAAGAAGUUGGGCAUCAAUUAUGAAUUGCGUCUGGUCAAGGAUGGUACCUACGGUUCAGAGAAUCCAACGGUGCGCGGUGGCUGGGAUGGUAUGGUCGGUGAACUGGUGCGACGGGAAGCGGAUAUUGCAAUCGCUGCCAUGACUAUUACCGCCGAACGAGAGCGUGUCAUCGAUUUCAGCAAACCAUUCAUGUCACUGGGCAUUUCAAUAAUGAUCAAGAAACCAGUGAAGCAGACGCCUGGUGUAUUCAGUUUCAUGGAUCCCUUAUCGCAGGAAAUUUGG